AUGACCAAACUUAUCACCCCUUCCGAGAUUGUGGGCGGAAUACCCGUUUUCAAACCCACAUACGAGGAAUUCGAAGAUUUUUAUGCAUACUGCAAAGCCAUAAACAAAUACGGCAUGAAGAGUGGUGUUGUGAAAGUGAUUCCGCCCAAAGAAUGGAAGAAAAAGUUAGAUUCCCCCCAUUCCGCGGAAACGCUCCAGAAGAUUAAGAUCAAAUCGCCCAUUCAGCAGCAUAUCUCUGGAAAUAAAGGUCUUUUCAUGGUGCAGAACGUGGAGAAAAAAAAGACUUAUAACAUAAUACAAUGGAAGGAUCUGUCCAAGGACUACGUUCCUCCGGAGGACCCUAAAGUGAGACGUAGCUCCAGAAAAGGCUCCGUCUCCAAGUCUUCCAAGUUGAAGCUGAAAAAUUUCGAAUCCUCCUUCAACAUCGAUGAUUUUGAACAAUUUAGAGCGGAAUAUUCGAUAGAUCUAUCUGAUUUUCAAAAUCCGGAAAGAUUGAAGUUCUUAGAAGAGUAUUACUGGAAAACAUUGAAUUUUACUACACCUAUGUACGGUGCGGAUACACCAGGAUCAUUAUUUCCUGAAAAUUUAGAGGUUUGGAACGUCGCAAAGCUACCGAACAUCUUAGAUCAUAUGGAAACGAAAGUUCCCGGGGUCAAUGACUCCUACUUGUACGCUGGCCUAUGGAAGGCUUCUUUUUCUUGGCAUUUGGAAGACCAAGAUCUGUAUUCUAUAAACUAUAUCCAUUUUGGCGCCCCGAAACAGUGGUAUUCAAUACCGCAGGAGGACAGAUUCAAAUUAUACAAUUUCAUGCAGGAGCAAUUCCCCGAAGAAGCGAAAAAUUGCCCUGAGUUUUUAAGGCAUAAGAUGUUUUUGGCCUCGCCCAAACUGUUGCAGGAAAACGGCAUACGAUGCAACGAAAUCGUUCACCAUGAAGGCGAAUUCAUGAUCACUUAUCCAUACGGUUAUCAUGCGGGGUUCAAUUAUGGUUACAACCUGGCUGAAUCGGUCAAUUUUGCACUGGAGGAAUGGCUACCGAUUGGGAAGAAGGCCGGGAAAUGUCAUUGUAUUUCAGACUCAGUGGAAAUAGAUGUCCAAAAAUUGGCUAAAUCCUGGAGAGGCUAUAAAAAUAAAGACUUGAAAGGCAUACCGCCUCUCAACCCAUUAGCAAACCCUGCUAUGCCCUUGCUUCACAGGCCAACGUUGAAGGAAAUGGAAAAUAGCUCUCUUCGAUCUACAAGUCCCGAUGUGGGCCAUUUUUCAAGCUUCAAAACAAAGAGUUCAGGUGUUUCUUCACCUCUCUUGUCACGGAUGAAGGAUUAUUCUAAUAUUGUCGAACCUACGCUGGAAGAUCCGACUUUGAAACUGAAAAGAAUCUCCUCUUUUCAAGAACAGCCUCUAAGUAAGUUAUUGAAAAGGGAAACUUCACAAAUGACACUGCUCACAGACCACGAAGACAGCAUAGUAGCUAUGAGCCUUACAUCAAUGGCAAACAGUGCUGCCUCCUCUCCAAGAUUACCUCUGUCAAGAUUGAAUUCGUCCAACGAACUUUCGAAUACCCAGCCACUACUUGACAUGACGAAUAACAAUCUUGCCUUCCCACGACCUAACGCGUUGUCCGGUUUGAAUCCCUUACUAUAUAUCUCCAACAAGAGCAUCAAUGGAAUAUCUCAUUCUGCUCCUCAUUCUCCAGUGAAUCCAAGUAUAUCACUAAUAAAAAGAGUCAAGUCCCCUAACAUUGUAACAUUAAACAUAUCCAGAGAGUCAUCUAGAAGCCCUAUAGCAUUGAAUUCUGACGUAAGACAACAAUAUCAACAGCAGCCACAGCAUCCGCAACAACAUUCAUUCUCCACCCCCCCCACCGUGUCAAAUCUAUCCAUUUCUGUGCUGGGGCCGUUAAGUGAACCAAGUGCAAUAAAAAUACCGCAUCCCGAAAGGCUAGUCCAUAAAGCAACAAAUAGGAUACUCAAAGGGGAGUCGUCCAUGGAGGGGUCGGGGUCGAACCCUAUUCUUUCGAAGGUUGCGUCCGCAUUCCAAGAAGAUUCGUUCACAAACGAUAACAGCGAUCUGGAUAAAGAACAAGGCUUUUCGCCGCAAACAUCUAAGUUUGCGCCCGAAGAAAUUGUAUUAUCAGGUAAGAAUAAGAUUUACGUUUGUAAAGAGUGCCAAAGAAAGUUUUCUUCUGGUCACCAUCUCACAAGACAUAAAAAAUCCGUCCAUUCUGGAGAGAAACCUCACUCUUGUCCCAAAUGUGGUAAAAGAUUCAAGAGAAGAGACCACGUUUUACAGCACUUGAACAAGAAAAUACCGUGCGUUCCAAACGACACGACAGUAAAUGAUUCGAUCAUGAGCACUGAUGUGCAAACGCAGGACGAGAAGACGGUUAGCCAGCGCAGUGCACCUUUGAACUGA